AUGGGCUGUGGUCUGUCCAAGGAGCAGCGGCCCUCUGAGGCCAACUAUGUUGGCACGGAGCUGAUCAGAAUGGCGCCUCCAACCCGUCGACCUGGUUUCCGGCCUGAUUACUCCCCUCCCCGCGGCCGGGUCAUUCCUGUCCCUGUUGGGAACCCCCCUCUCUAUGAGCAUGUUAAUGCUGGUCUUCCCGGCAUGUCUCGACCUGGUACCUCGUCUGGGAUCCCCACUAUUCCACGAAUUGACAUCACGCACGAUGUCAUCGUUGAGCAGGAUGAAGCGCUCCCUGCUCUCCCUGCCGGCGCUACCGACCAGGUUGGUGCUGAAGAGGCUGCCAACAAGGCGACGACCACCACUACUGUUGAGAGUGGGGACAAGGUUGCCACUGGCACUGUCAAGGAUUCCAACUAG